GCCGACAUCAAACUUAGUCAAUCAAUCACUCUCGAAAUUGAUGAGUCUAUGCUCACGGGAGAAUCACUCACUACCGAAAAAAACUCAGCCUUUGUAAGCAACAAUGAAAUGCCCGCAGGUGAUCGAUUAGAUAUGGCAUAUGCAGGCACUGUGGUGUUGAGUGGUCGUGGCCAAGGUGAAGUAAUCGCGACAGGCAUACAAACUGAAAUAGGAAAAAUUGCUUCAGACGUCACCGGAAAUGAAGAUUCACAACCACCGUUAAUGUUACGCAUACACAAGUUCACCAUGCAAAUCACCUGGGCAAUGCUAAUUCUUAUCCUAAUGAUUUUUGCUAUUACCAUUGCGCGUGGAAACGAUCUAUCGACAGUUUUUUUACUCAGUGUUGCACUCGCCGUUUCAGCCAUACCGGAAGGUUUACCCGUAGCCAUUACCAUAGCACUU